AUGGAGCACCCGGACAUUGCCAGCCAUGACUCUGAUGGCUCGGGCUCGUCAGACGAGUUCCCCGGUCAAUAUCCCAUAAGAACCAAUUCAUCCUUCGGCGAGGGUUUUGACGGUGCCGUUCAAACCCCGGCCACCACGAUCACUUCCUCCCCUCCAUCUCACCCUUCUAGCGUCUCUUCAUGGUCCAGUACUCCGACCACUCGUCCUCGUGGGAGUAGUGUUGGUGCUGGCGCUAUCCUCGACAAAUCCGAUGGUCUCGCUAUGGCCGGAGAAUUGCGACCUCAGCGCCCGUCGGCACCGGCGAGAACCCCAUCCAACACAUACGCCCCCCAGCGACGACCUCCGCAGUAUAUUAGCCUCCAGAAUGACCGCCAGCGUGCAUCAUCGACCAAGCGGGCCCCGCGACGCGAUCCGAAUGCGCAGUAUAGGGCCCAGGAAAAGGCCUACGUUCAGCGGAUCCGGGCCAAUCCGCAGGCCUGGUAUCACCACUUUGACGAAGCCCAAAACAAUACGAUGGUAGGGGACGCAGACCUGGAAGAUCCAUCACCAUCCUCGGAAGUUCCCUUCGAAGACGACUCGUACGACCCCGAUACCCAACUGUUCCUCCCCGACGAUAAUCUUCCUAGCAUAGAAGAACUCAAGAACCCGAAAAAUCAGGAACGCCUCGAGUGGCACUCCAUGUUAGCUUCCGUCCUGAAAGGAGACGUGGUCAGACAAGAGAAACAGCGACUGCUCGGCUCCACUGAAUCGACGCGGUCGGCUGCCCUCAGUCAUGCACUUUGGAUCGGCGUUAGAGCGAGAGCCUGUGGACGAAGCAUCGCUCUCCAAAGGAAACUCAUUGAGGAUGCACGGAGUCAUCUUGGGCCCAUCAUCGAAGAUAUCAUCAAUUUCCAGAUUAAAGGCGAGACCGAAAUCGGUAAGGCGCCGAGGCAGCAAGUCGAAGAUGUUGUGGAGAAAGUCGAACGCUGCGAGGCCCUCUACUCCGCGCACAAAGAGAUGGAAGCUGCAAACCCUCGAGUCGCAUCCGAAGAGUUUGAGUCCAGUCGUGCGGCAAUUUUCGCCUGGCAUAACAUCACGGCCCUCAUCAAUACUGAGCUGGCCGUUUUGCAAAUUGGAAUCAAGUCUGCCAACAGCGAUUUGUCAGAUGACUCUUCAUUCUUAGAUCGGAUCAUGAAGGAGGAUGGGCUGAAGACACUUCAGGGUCAGCGGAGCAUGCUGUAUGGCAUUGGUGAGGUCAUUCAAAAAGCAAAGAGUACUCUGAUCGAGAAUGCGGAGGCUUUUGCAACCCGCCAUCUGCCUCCAUAUAUUGAAGAGCUUUUGACUUUGAUCAAUUUCCCAUCACGGCUGAUUCAGGAAAUCAUUCGCGUUCGACUAUCAUACGCCAAGAAUAUGAAGGAUCCUGCUCAACAAUCCCCCAUUCUUGUGGAUCAGAUGAUUUCACAAUUUCGAAUGUUGAUGACUGUCGCUACUCAGAUCAAGCAGAGGUACCUCGACAUCUCAAGGCCCGAGCCUGGAUGGGACCUCCCACCAUGUGUCGACGAAAACUUUGAUUCUGUCGUGCUGGAUGCCAUGAAAUACUAUUUCCGAUUGCUGAAUUGGAAGUUAAAUGCAAACAAAAAUACGUUCAAGGAAGCCGAAAUUCUUGAACAAGAAUGGGAGUUUUCUUAUCUGAUCGGACGACAGCUUAUUGCCGGCGAUAUUGAGGUGGCCGAGCAAUUUAGUGCUUUGACCGCUAAAUCUCUGCAAAGAUUGAUGAUCCAUUUCGAACGCGAGUUGGUCCCAAGGCCCAAUGAAAGCGUCGCAGAUAUGGACAAGCGAUACAAGAGUAUCCUGGAUUCUACGCGCAUUCGUCAACGAAAACUCUAUCGAUUCUCGCGUUUCCUGUGCCAACUAUUCGAAAAUGCUACCGAGUAUAACCUGACUAUUGACAUUGCCUAUGAAUUUUUCGAGGCGUUAUUGAUCUCAGACCACUUCCUCGUCACAUCUCCCUCCUCUGUUGGCCAGAAGGGAGUAUACUUGAUCGCGCAUCAUUCAUUGUGGAACCGCCCAUCUGACAUUCAAGCCAUCCUCGCCACCUCUUUCCGUGAAGAUGACAUUGCACCUGACGCACAUAUCCCGUACGUGCUUGUCAUUCGUCCAGAGAAGCCACUGGCGUGGGCAGGCAAGGAGAUGCAGGUGGAAAUCCUAGAACAACCGACUGAUGUGCGCCUGGGCAAACUUCGUCUUGUUGUAGAAGGCAUGCAAGAGCGUCUGGGGAAGGCACGAGUCGAGUUGGCCCAGCUCACCGGCAUCCAACUCGACAUGGCCAUCGAACAGCGAGCUAACCUGGGUCGUGUGAACGUGGAGCUGAACAAGAUUAAGAAAAUCUCUUUCAAGUUGUCCAUGGCGAUCAUGGACAGCGUGGCUGUGAUCAAGGACCAGCUACGUGAGAAGACAUGGGAAAACAACGAUCUGAUCCAGGCUUGCUACGCCUUUGCAACUGAGUUUGGUAAACGUUCUUCCAACUACGUCGACGCCAACCGUCGCGCUAUGAAUAGUGCUCGAUUGGUUGAGCUGUCUCUCGACUGGGUAUCUUUCAUCUGUGACGACUGCGACGCGGCCGAUCGAAAGACUUUCAAGUGGGCUGUCGCUGCUCUUGAGUUUGCAAUGGCCAUCACCUAUAGUCGCCACCUGCUUUCUUUGGACGAGGAACAGUUUGGUCGUCUUCGACUGAAGGUCGCCGGCUGUAUGUCACUUCUCAUCUCCCACUUUGACAUCAUGGGCGCCCGAUCAUCUCUCGCGGCCCAGGCGGAGAAGCAGCGUAUGGAGGAGCGCGCCGGGGCUCGAAAGAUCGGUGCAGGCCGUAUCAUCAGCGAUGAAGAAGCAGCCAAGCUUGUUCGCGAACAACGGUGCCAGCGUGUUCGGGAAAUCGAAGAUAGCCGAGAAGAAACCAAGCGUCAAGCCUUGGGCAAGGUAUUGGAAGGGUCUAACGAGGCCGAUCGAUCCUUGACCGUGCUCUCCUCCUCUGCCACCAACGUCACUUUGCGUUGGCAGCAGGGCCAAUUCAUCGGUGGAGGUACCUUUGGCUCUGUCUAUGUUGCUAUCAACUUGGACAGUAAUUAUCUGAUGGCAGUUAAAGAGAUUCGUUUGCAGGAUCCCCAACUUAUCCCCAAGAUCGCGCAACAAAUUCGCGACGAGAUGGGUGUCCUCGAAGUGUUAGAUCACCCUAACAUUGUGUCCUACCACGGUAUCGAGGUUCACCGAGACAAAGUCUACAUUUUCAUGGAAUAUUGCUCCGGUGGCUCGCUCGCCAGCUUGCUAGAGCACGGCCGUAUCGAAGAUGAAACAGUCAUCAUGGUCUACGCCUUGCAACUUCUCGAAGGUCUUGCGUACUUGCAUCAAGCAGGUAUCGUGCAUCGUGACAUCAAGCCGGAGAACAUCCUCCUCGACCACAACGGAAUCAUUAAAUACGUCGACUUCGGUGCCGCCAAGAUCAUCGCUCGCUCAGGACGCACUGUGGCCCCAGUGGACGGUCCCAGUGUUCUCGGAAAAGACAAUCAACUUCCAAACCAGCGCAAGAAUCAAAAGACCACCACCGGAACCCCAAUGUACAUGUCCCCGGAGGUCAUUCGAGGCGAUCUUCCCGACCUGAACAAUCGCCAGGGCGCUGUAGAUAUCUGGUCAUUAGGUUGUGUCAUUCUAGAAAUGGCUACGGGCCGCCGCCCAUGGUCCACACUCGAUAACGAGUGGGCGAUCAUGUAUAAUAUCGCUCAGGGUAACCAACCCGAUCUACCCACGCUUGACCAACUCAGCGAAGUUGGCAUUGACUUCCUGAGCCGCUGCUUCGAAUGCGAUCCCCUCCGGCGAUCCACUGCCGCUGAACUCCUCCAACAUGAAUGGAUCGUGUCCAUCCGUCAACAAGUGGUUGUUGAACCGCCUACCCCCGGCAGCGACGCCGGUAGUUACACCAGCUCAAGCUCUGUCAGUCGACAGAACUCGAAUUACAUGUGA